UCGUUCAGAUCAGAGGGUUCGGUGCCUCGGUCUCGGCGGUUGGAGAGAAGGAGAAGACGACGAGGAGGAGGAGGAGCAGGAGGAGGUGGAGACGUAAAAUCACUUUAAAUGAGUUUUUUUUUAGCAGAUAUGCUGGGGGGAAAUAAGUGUCGUCGUCGGACGCCUACAGAAGUCCGCCAAACCGUCUGAUUUAUCCAACCUCAGAACGUUUUUUCCCCCCUUCUCUCCUGGGAAGAAGGAGCGAUGUGAAGUCGACGAUUUACCUCCCGGUCAGGACUUGUUAAGCCUGUGGUUCAGAGGGGGCUAUGGCCCCGGCCCUGACCAAAAUCCUCAAAAAUGACCACGGCGUCCACUUGUCUUCGCCCCCCGCCUCCGCCACAGUAGACUCGGACGGGACAGCCGCCAUGUGCAGCAUCGAGCCUUGCGCGAGACCGGACGAUGGUGACCUCCAGAAGAUGUGGCUGAACCUCUCUCCGUUUUCCUCUCUGGACUCCUGCCUCCCCCCCGGCCUCCUGGACUCCCCCGUCGCCAGCCCCAAGCUGCUGCCCUGUCUGCAGGCGUCGGCGGAGAUGUCCCUCCCCAGCCCGGGCUCCCUCGUCAACCUCCUCUCCUUCAACAAAAGCCAGGCGGAUGCUCAUCAGGUGGCCUCUGUCUUCCCAGGUGUACCGGACAUGUUUUUAGUCCCCGUUCCCGAGCACAAAAGCCAAGAGGCUUGUGCGCUGCACGGAUGUAGUGCCGCUCUCGAAUGCGGGCCAGAUGGUGGUGAUGUGCAUCGCUCCUCUCUCACCCUUUCCAGUGUUUGUCCUUUGCAUUCCCAGGGGGAGAUCCAGUUCCAGGGAUACACUCCCUUGCUUCAAACUCCACCUACGCAGACACAGGAGAAUGCAGCCGCGGCGAAUCGUCCUCCUCAGGCUCCUCUGCAGCCGUGCAUUAACAGGGUGAAUCUCCCUCAGCCGGCAUGCAAAGCCGCGCUGGAGGAGGCUGCGAGGGAGCAGCUCCGCAGGCAGGCAGGGCUUCAAGGCCGAGCUUGGAGGCUGCGAAGGAGACUGCAAGCCCUGCUAGGGGAGCACGCUCUGCUUCACUGCUGUCAGCAGUUGGAGGGGCUGAAAAAGCACCAUCAACUCGGAGACGCGCCUCCGGACAGCCUGGAUUCUAUAUACCACGGAGUGCUGCCUUCGCAGUCGGACAGCAAGCCCCAUCCUUCUUGGCUCGAAUCGUUGUCUUCCUACACGGAGGUCAGGGAGUUCAGCCGCUCCAGCCAGGAGCUACUCAGAGGCCUGCAGGAGGCCUUGGACUCCGAGGCCACGGCCAGCAGCAGCUCGGAUGAGGAGCCAGAUGAGAUGAUUCAUGGCAAGGCUUCGCCCGUCAGCAGCUACGAGAAGCAGUGGCUAGCAGAGCGGGCGGAGCUUAGCAGCAGAUGGAGCUGGUUGCAGCUGCGUCUAGCUGACCUGGAAGGGAGGAUACAACAACUGGUAGAGCUCCACAGGCACAUACGCUCCACCAAGGGUGGCGUGGUGCUUGCAGACUCCCAGCCACUGACAGACAGGCAGAUUCAGCAGAGGCUGCUGAGGGAAAUGGCAGGCUUAUCCUGCACGGCCUCGGACGCCGACGCCGAACCCUGCAGCCCCACACGUCUUCUGCACAACAUAGAGAGACAGAGUGCCCAGCUCAGCCAAUUUGUCAACAGUCUGGUGACUCCUCUCAGCUUUUCGCCGCUCUCAAAAAAACCUCAGUCGUGUAAAGGCAGGAGAGCUGCCUCAAGCGGCGAGCAAGGCGAUGCCGUUUUUUUGCCUGGGCGCUCUAAAAGAGGAAGGCUUGGGACCAGGAGGCUCUUCAAAGCGGACGCGUCGUGCGUGUGCGCCCGCACCCGUCCCCUGGUCACAUACCACAAGCCCAAACUCUUCGCUCUCGUCCCCCGCAACCCUGGCAGUUCACUGGACUCAGGAAAGUCCACGUCCACCUUCUCCUCUUCUCUCUCGUCGUCUUCCUGUUCUUGUUGCUCUUCUUCUUGUAAUCCUUUAGUCCUCUGUUCUGACCCUGACUGCAGCUCCGGCAGAUCCUUGUCCUCCAGCCCCAGCUCCAGCUCCAGACCUCACCCCAUGUCCUCUCUUUCAUUUGGUUCUCCUAUGUGCCAUCACUUUCAGAGGACCAUGGCCAGAGAGGAAUGGUUCCAAAGACCUUUAGUUAUCAACAACCAACUGUCCAGCCCAUUGAACUACAAAAGACACAGCUCCACGCCACUGCACAGUGGUAAAAAAUACAAGCAACACACCAGGCGUCAUAAAAACAGAGUCAUGGACCUGUCACCUAUCAGGUUGUCGGGGUCUGCUCGGGGUCAACACAGCAGAGCCAAACGGAGGAAAAGGAAGAGAACACACAUCCAUGGACUGAUGGAGGAUGAGGAGCAUGGCCUGUGCCAGGUUUGUGACCUAGAAGACAGUUCAGAUGAUGUUCUGGAGGAGAGCUGCACACGUGUCUCACGCAAGCAGGCGUCACAGGGCUUCGUUCGCAAACGCCAGGGAGAGAGUGUGUACAACAUCAACAACAUUGUCAUCCCAGUGUCACUGGGAAAAGUGGAAAAGCUGCAGUACAAGGACAUCGUAACUCCCAGCUGGCGAGUAGUUGACCCUCUGUCUUUGGUGGAGGUGGAGGCAGAGAAGGACGAGGACAAUGAGGAGGAGCAGGUCGAGGAUCUGGGUGAUGAGUUCUUUGCUCGGAGGCACCUGGCUUUGGAGCAGAGAGAGAAAUUACGCUGGUCGUCCUGGGGGAAGAGAAAAUGUUGCAGGCGUCGUACAAGAUCUGGCAGCAGGCCAUUAGGCAGUGGGGGUGGGAUGUACACAUCAGGAGAGGAGAGCUCUGCGGAGUGGAGUUGCGCUCAGUUGGAUGCUGAUGAACAGCCGAGGGCAGAGGAGCGGCUGCCUCAGACUCCCUGGGACCCACGGGUGUUUCCUUUGGAUGAGGACGAGGAAGUUGCUCUUCUUUCUGAUGAACUUAAAAAAGUCCCAUCGGUGUUGACAGAGUGUAGCUCAGCCUCCUCCACAUCAAAGAACUCCAACUCCCAUUUUUCCCCCCGUCAUUCACCUUGUGCUACACUGCCACCUAAUGGACAAAGCAAGAGUAGCACGCCCAGUGGCAGCUGAGUUAGCAGUGCCUUCCUUUUUAAAUAUAUCUUCACAUCAGGGACCACGAGCAGAAAUUGUGCCCCCGGGAAACUUUAAGUGGGAUAACUAUUACAUUCCACACACAUAUAUAUAUAUUGAUUUGCUGUGAUUAGCUCGACACUUGACACGUGAUUAUUUAGUGAAUAUUGUGCCACAGUAGUUGUUGACUUCUGUAGCUCCUGCUACAAUUUCAGGAUUUAAUGUAAAAGAGGUACUGUAUGUAAAGAAUAUAUACAUAUAUAUACACCAGCAACUCCACCUCUGUGGAGUUUGUAUACUGUUUGUAGUUGUCACCUGCUAUUUAUUUCCACAGUUUUAAAUUGUCCAUGUAAACUUUUUCAGUAGAUGUAUGUAUUUGUGCAAAUUUUGUGUGCUUUUUCAUGUGACACUUGGUUUCAUAUCUUCUUUUUGUUAUAUAUUUUAUAUGAAAACAUAGGAAUAUUAGUAAAUGUAUACAUUAGUAAACAUA